AUGUCUUCAGUAGGGCAUGCAUACAUUCUCGUCGGGAUCAACUACUUCUCUAAGUGGGCCGAAGUCAUACAAUUGAAGGAAAUAAAGAAAGAAAAUGUUGCAGAUUUCAUUCAUAUCCAAAUCAUUUAUCGAUAUGGUGUUCUACGGCAUAUCAUAGCCGAUAAUGGCAAACCAUUCUGCAAUAGCCACAAAAAUAAUUUAUGUACAAAGUUUGGGUUCAAACAGUAUAACUCGUCCAUGUACAUUGUGGCAGCUAAAGGAUUGGCAGAGGUGUUCAACAAAAUAAUAUGCAGUCUGCUAAAAAAGGUUGUCUCUAAAUUAAAAAGAGAUUGGCAUGAGAAAAUCGGAGAAGUCUUAUGGGCUUAUCGAACUAUUUAUCGGUCUCCAACACAAGCCACUUCUUAUACCUUAGUAUAUGAAGUAGAAGCUGUACUUCCUCUAGAGUGUCAAAUCCCAUCACUUCGAAUUGCCAUCCAAGAAGGUUUGACAACUGAAGAAAAUGCCCAUUUUCGAUUGGAAGAGCUAGAAGCUUUGGAUGAGAAGAUGUUAGAAUCACAAAUGCACCUGGAGUGCUAUCAAUCUUAA